AUGGCACAGCCAGACUCCAAGUCAGGUUCUGCUCACGACGAGCAUCAGCCCAGUGUCGAUGAUGGCCCUAUUAAGAAUGCCAUGCCGACAGAUCAACUAAAACACGCUGACCGGGCUUUGGCCCUCAUCGGCAGCGGACAAGUCGAGCUGACUGAAGAAGACAGUCAGCGCAUCUGCCGCAAGACAGACAAGGUCAUCCUGUCUAUUCUUGUCUGGGUGUAUUUCCUACAAAUCCUCGACAAAUCCGUUCUCGGAUACGGCGCUACCUACGGGCUCAAAACUGAUACCCAUCUGACUGGUAACCAAUACUCGCUGGUUGGAUCCAUUGCACCCAUUGCCCAGCUAGCCUGGCAACCAUUUUCCUCCUUCUUGAUCGUCAAGGUGCCGCAUCGCAUCCUCAUGCCUACCCUCUGUUUGGGAUGGGGCAUCGCACAAGCUUGCAUGGCUGCGAGCCACAACUUCGCAAGUCUGAUGGCUUCUCGCUUCUUCCUCGGGCUCUUUGAGGCAGGUUGCUUGCCAUUGUUCAGCGUUAUCACAAGUCAGUGGUACAGACGUGCCGAGCAGCCGAUUCGAGUUGCUGCAUGGUAUGGCACGAAUGGAGCAGCUACCAUUAUUGCUGCCGCUCUGUCUUAUGGACUGGGUCAUAUUAAAUCAGAUCUGCUCAAGGAGUGGCAAAUCAUCUUCCUCUUUGUCGGCCUCGUCACCAUCGUCUCCGCACCUUUUGUCUACUGGAAACUCGACAACGACAUCUCAUCUGCUCGAUUCCUCACUGAGCAUGAAAAGGCGCAGGCUAUCGAGCGGCUCCGAGCAAACCAGACUGGUACUGGUAGCCGAGAGUUCAAGUGGCGACAUCUUCUCGAAGCUGCUUUGGAGCCCAAAACCUACCUGUGGAUUGCUAUGGCGCUGCUUUUGAAUGUCGGUGCCAGCGUCACCAACACAUUUGGCCCUCUUAUCCUGAACGGUCUCGUUUCCGACAAGUACAUGACCAGUCUGCUCAACAUGCCCUUUGGCGCGGUCCAGAUUAUCGUCAUCUUGCUGGCCAGUUUCCUGGCUCAGAAGGCACGUCUCAAGGGAGCCAUCCUGAUGGUCUUUAUGCUUCCCGUCGUCGCUGGUCUGGCUGUCCUGUACUCUGUACCCCGAGGGGAUUCUGCAAAGGCAGCCUUGUUGGUUGGAUACUACCUCCUCGCAUUCCUCUUCGGAGGAAACCCUCUCAUCGUCACAUGGAUUGUCGGAAACACCGCCGGAACAACCAAGAAGUCUGCCAUAAUGAGCGUUUACAACGCCGCCAGCUCAGCCGGUAACAUUAUCGGCCCCCUUCUCUUCAACGACAAGGACGCCCCCGAGUACAAGCCUGGUCUGAGGGCUUGCCUGGGUAUCUUUGUGGCUCUUGUAGCUGUUGUCAUGAUCCAGUGGGCAAAUUUGAUGUUGCUCAACAAGUUGCAGGAGAAGAAGCGUGUGCGAAACGGAAAGAAGGCGAAGAUGGUUGAUCACUCCAUGGAGACGACCUACCACUCCAUGGCUGAGACUACUGAGGAGCCCAUCGUCGCGCAGGAGAGUGCAGCUGGAACUGUAGAGUACGGCGGCGAGGCUCGCACUGGAGAACAGGCGUUUAUGGACCUUACGGACCGUCAGAAUGACGAGUUUAUCUACAUUUAUUAA